AUGAUGCGGGUGAGCCGCGCACAGCUGUUGCGGGCCUCGCCGCUGCUCCGUGUGUGGGCUGCCGAGGAGGACGACGCCAACGCGCCCCCGACGACGUUUAAAAACGUCAAGCCGGGGCGGCUGCUGCGACUCUGGCGGCAGAUGCGCCACCGCGCGUGGAUGAUGUACACCUGGGACGAGGAGUGGACGAGCCCCGGCAGCGAGGGCUACCUGCACCAGCAGCGGCUGGAGCAGGUCUGUUUUGCCCCGCUCUCGGCCUACGGCAUGGUGCCCGGCUCCUACUGCGACCCGCUGCUGUACAACACGAAGCACACCUCCCCGUUCCGCUGGCACGUGGCAAACACGGCCUCCGACAUCGUGGGUCACUGGUACAUGGAGGCGGAUGAAAUCUUCCGCAUCAAGGACUGGCAGCCGAAGAACCCGGACGACCCGACGGAGAUGUUUCCACGCCCGCCGCAGCAAAUCCUCAAGUGGGACGAAACCGUCGACGAGCACGGCAACCGCACCUUCCGCUACAAGUACCGCUACGACUUCAUGGGGCCGACGGGGAUGUGGGAGGCCUACCCGCGCUACCCCUUCUCCCACCUCUACCUCAACGGCCAGGAUCACCACGGGAGGGCGGAGGGCUACGGCUUCAAGCAGGGCCACCUGCUGCGCUGCAGCGAGGAGGAGGAGGAGGUGCUGCGCCGCAUCAUGGAGGAGGAGGACAAGGAGUGGGAGAUGGUAAAGCGGACGGAGGUGGUGCAGGAGCCGUGGUCGUACCCGGGAAAGAUGCGACCGCAGGACUUCAAGGGGGCGGUGGAGCGGGCCAAGGCGCGGUUCAGGGAGCAGAUCAAGCACGGCAAGGAAACCGACCCCAGCGAGGAUCCCGACUACGAUUUAGUGCAGGCGGGCGAAUUCGUGGAGCCGCGCGACGGUCCACGCGCGGAGUGGCGCCACCUGUGGACCUCGAACCGCCCCAAGGGGGAGCCGCUGCCGUACCAGGUCACCUUCAACGACGGCAUCACGUUUGAGGACAAUGAAGGGAGGCCGCCCGUGCACCCGGCGAGCCACUAUGAGGAGACACCGAAGGAGCCGCCGUACAAGAAGUACGAGGAGCAGGAUACAAAGGAGGAUGAAGAGCAGAAGCAGAAGCUCAAGUCCGCCUGUGAGCAGUCGUUUAAGGAGUCCAUGGCCAGCCAUGAGCAGAUGCACGGUGCGGCGACAGGAAAAGGAACUCCUGGCAAGCCAACUUCGCCGGGGACCAACAGUAGCAGCAGCAGUAGUAGUAGUAGUAGUGGUGGUGGUGCCGGCUCGCCUCCGUCAUCGGCUGCCUCCCCGUCCGAUGCGGGGAAAGGCGGUAAAAAGUAA